AUGAUUGCGAGACGUUUCCUCCGAAUCCACAUAGCGGAUGAGAUAUUCAAUGCUGCAGAAGUCCCAAUUGAAUGGGAAGAACAUUACGUAGGGACAGAAGUAGAUCCCAGAACCCAAAGCUUUGUCACAUGGGAAAGUCUAGAAUCUGUAAGAAGAAACAAGGUUGGAUUAAAAGGUCCCAUGGCUACACCAAUUGGAAAAGGUCAUCGUUCCUUGAAUCUCACAUUAAGAAAAGAACUAAACCUGUAUGCAAAUGUCAGACCAUGUUACAGUCUACCUGGUUACAAAACUCGAUAUGAUGAUGUAAAUCUCAUCACAAUCCGUGAAAACACAGAAGGAGAAUACAGUGGUCUUGAACAUCAAGUUGUUAGGGGAGUUGUUGAAAGUCUUAAAAUCAUAACACGUCAUGCAAGUUUAAGAGUGGCUGAAUAUGCUUUUCAUUAUGCUAAAGCUCAUGGUAGAAAAAGAGUUUCUGCUAUACACAAAGCUAACAUCAUGCAGAAAACUGAUGGCUUAUUUCUAAAGUGUUGUCGUGAGGUUGCUGAGAAGUACCCUGAUAUAACAUAUGAGGAAGUUGUCAUUGACAAUUGCUGUAUGAUGCUUGUAAAGAAUCCAGCUUUAUUUGAUGUGUUAGUGAUGCCUAAUCUUUAUGGUGAUAUUAUAAGUGAUCUUUGUGCUGGAUUAAUUGGAGGAUUAGGAUUAACACCAAGUUUAAAUAUUGGGGAGGGAGGAAUUGCUGUUGCAGAAGCUGUACAUGGUUCAGCUCCAGAUAUAGCUGGAAAGAAUUUGGCAAAUCCAACUGCUUUGUUAUUGAGUGGUGUAUCAAUGCUUAGACACUUAAAGAUUAAUGAUAAAGCGGAUAGGAUACAAGAAGCUGUGUUGAAAACAAUAGCAAAAAGAAAGUACAGAACAGCAGAUCUUGGUGGAUCUUCAAAAACCUCGGAUUUCACAAAAGCAAUCAUUGACCACCUUUGACUUUGAUGAAUGUGGAUAAAUACGAAUUUGACAUUUCCUGGGUAUGAGAGGGAAUUAAUCAGACCACAUCAUUUUCUGAGCAAAAAACUUCAAAGGAUGAUGAAAGAAGAAAGAGUUGAUAUUGUGAUAAAAUAAGCAACAGCAUCUUGUGGUCUUCUUCUUCAUUUUGAUUGGUUCAUUUUGAAGUGUUAUGCCAAAACUAUUUUAUAUACUUAAAAUGAUAAAAAGAGUAAAUUAAUUGAAUGUUCCCUGUGGUUUGGGAUAAUUUGCACGGUUG